UGGCGAUGUUACACUGGCUAGGAGUUUCAUGCGGUGACAUGAGGUUGUAUGCAGCACGGAUUCAGUAGCCCCACCAACGAACAGAUGGAUGAAAACGUACCUGAGGAGAAUGGACAGAAGACACCAGUGCACGAGGAAGAGAUGGAGGUUACCAUGAUGUCGCAACUAGAAAAUGUCAUGGUAACACCAGUCAAUGCAGACACAUCAUCAAAUACAGAAAAGCAUCCAGAGGAACAAGGAGAUGUACAUGCAGACUCCACAGCAGCAGCGCUUUCUCUAGACGCUGUUUGUAAGACGGGGGCCUGUGAGGAUGAGGAUUCAGAUGAUUCAGACAGCUCUUCAUCCUCCUCUUCUUCUUCCUCUUCUUCUUCAUCCUCCUCUUCUCCCUCUGCCCCCAUUUUUGAGGAUGACGACGAGGGUUUCAGCCAACCAGCCCCCAUCAAGACCAGAGAUGAAGUCCUGCUCGAGGAGCUGCCAGCAGUGGAGGAGGUGUCUGUGUCGUUACCAGAAGAUGCAGAAUUGCAGCCUAUAGGAACAGUCUCCAGUGUUAUACAGCAACUUGUUGUAAUCCAGUCUCUGAAAGACACGCCCCCUCUGACUGACGACAGCAUCAUCUUUACGUCUGAUAGGCUGGCUCUUGGCAAGGUGUUUGAGGUAUUUGGUCCAGUGUCCAGUCCUCUCUAUAUUUUGCGUUUUAACUCUGUGGACCAGAUAAGCAGCAAGGGGCUGACAGAGGGACAGACUGUUUAUUACACCCCGGACAACAAAGAGUACACGAGUUACAUCCUCACACAACAGCUCAAAGUUUUUAAGGGAUCUGAUGCAUCCUGGAAGAACGACCAAGAGCCACCAAAGGAGGCCUUAGAUUACAGUGAUGAUGAGAGAGAACACGAAGCCAAGAGGAAAUUGAAGAACUCCAGAAAGAAGAAGGACAAUAACAGUCCAGAUAAUCCUGCCCACGUUACCCAGAACACCUCGCUGCAGCGUAAUGUCAGGGGUUUCCCAUCAAGACACGCAGGACCUCCACUCAGGCACCAGAACCCGAGGAAUAACCACCCACAGUUCAGCCACACACCCGCUCCACCCAGACACAUACACCCACCCCCCAGGCACACUAAUGUGCAUCCCAUGUACCUCCCCCCUCCCUGCCCUUACCCUCCUCCACCGUCUCACUUUUUUCCCCCACCCAACUUCCCCCUGUACCCCCCCCCUCCUCCUCCCUCUUACUUCAACCCGUCUUUCUCCUGUUCUCUCUGGCCACCAAACUCUGUGCCCUUCACUGACCCCCCUCCUCCUCCCCCCCCCCCUCCCCCCCAGUAAUGUACAUGUACACACUAACCAGAGCUCCUGCUGGUGAGUUGUUUUGGGUUGUCAUCUUUUUGUGGACUGUCAGACUGGACAAAUCCUGGCUGUGCUUGUUAACAGUUUGUUAGGCUCUACAAUCACGGAGUAUGAAAUAUUAACAUAGCUGAUGGAGCUCAGUAAUGUGCUGUCACCAGCAGUGCAGUGCAGACACUGCAGUGAUUUUAAGUUUAAAACUAUAAUUUUUCCCAUCUAGACCUCCUGAAGAGCCUUUGACUUUAUGUAAAUGUCAUGCUUGUUUUGAUUUUCACACUAAACACAAGUACUUGUUUUCUUUUCUAGCUCAACUGGGUACAAAUAGUUUUGAACAAAACAGACGUGGCUUCUUGACUCUUUCAUGAUUAUGAUUUUAAUGAGCUAGCAGGACUUGCAUAAGAACAAACAAAUGUGUGAUAUUAAAUAUAUCAUUAGACAGAUAAGAUAAAUGGAAAGUGUGUGUGUGUGUGUGUGUGUGUGUGUGUGUGUGUGU